CCGAGUCCGCGGCUUGGUGGGGCUGGCUUUUGCCCCGGAAGUGGCUGUCUUCAGCUGACAGCUGCUUGUAAGGUGGCGGCGGCGGCCCCGGAGUAAGAUGGCGCUGCGGCCGGGAGCAGGAGCUGGCGGCGGCGGGGCAGCGGGAGCCGGCGCGGGGGCCGCCGGGGCAGGCAGCUUCAUGUUUCCUGUUGCAGGUGGAAUAAGACCCCCACAAGCAGGACUGAUGCCAAUGCAGCAGCAAGGAUUUCCUAUGGUCUCUGUUGUGCAGCCUAAUAUACAAGGCAUGAUAGGGAUGAGUUACAGCUCUCAGAUGCCCCAAGGACCUAUGGCCAUGCAGGCAGGGAUACCAAUGGGACCGAUGCCAGCAGCAGGAAUGCCUUACCUUGGACAAACACCGUUCUUGGGAAUGCGCCCCCCAGGCGCACAGUACACCCCAGACCUGCAGAAGCAGUUCGCUGAAGAGCAGCAAAAACGAUUUGAACAGCAACAGAAGCUCUUAGAAGAAGAAAGAAAAAGACGCCAGUUUGAAGAGCAGAAGCAAAAGCUCAGACUUCUGAGUAGUGUGAAACCCAAGACAGGAGAGAAGAGUAGAGAUGAUGCUUUGGAAGCCAUCAAAGGAAACUUAGAUGGGUUUUCCAGAGAUGCUAAAAUGCACCCUACUCCAGCAUCGCACCCUAAGAAACCAGAUUAUCCCACACCAUCUCAUUCUACUAAAACUGUCUCCCCAUCACCUGCCUUUCUUGAUGAAGAGGAAUUCAGUGACUUUAUGCAGGGGCCCGUUGAAGUUCCCACACGUGGUCCUUCUUCCACUGCCCAGCCUUUUCAGUCUUUCCAUCCCACCACCCCAUUUGGCCAGUUGCAUACACAGAAGGCUGGGGCACAGCCUCUCCCUCCAGGCCCUUCCUUGGAGGAGAAGCUCCUAGUAUCUUGUGAUAUAAGUACGUCUGGGCAGGAACAAAUUAAAUUAAAUACCUCUGAAGUUGGUCACAAAGCCGUAGGCCCAGGUUCCAGUAAGAACCAUCCCAGUUUAACGGCCAAAAACGGGGGUGCUGUAGAUGGACGUGUAAGUGGUCCCUCCAUUGCAGAGGCAGAAAAGACUUCAGACCAAAACCUAUCCGUUGAAGAGAGUGGUGUGGGAGUAUUUCCCUCACAGGAUCCUGUCCAGCCCAGAAUGCCACCUUGGAUUUACAAUGAGAGUUUGGUUCCAGAUGCCUAUAAGAAAAUUUUAGAAAUCACAGUGACUCCAACUGGAAUAGAUACUGCUAAACUUUAUCCCAUUCUGAUGUCAUCUGGACUGCCCAGGGAAACGCUUGGACAGAUAUGGGCCUUAGCUAAUCGAACUACACCUGGCAAACUUACGAAGGAAGAACUUUAUACUGUUCUCGCCAUGAUAGCAGUAACACAGAGGGGUGUUCCUGCCAUGAGUCCUGAUGCUUUAAACCAAUUUCCAGCGGCUCCUGUUCCAACUUUAAGUGGAUUUCCUAUGACUUUGCCUACUGCGGUGAGUCAGCCAACUGGGAUGUCUUCAGGCACUGCAGGCUCCGUACCCCUCAGCCUUGGACAGCCGGUCAUGGGCAUUAACCUUGUUGGACCAGUUGGGGGAGCUGCAGCCCAGGCUUCCAGUGGCUUCAUGCCAACUUACCCUGCAAAUCAGGUGGUAAAACCAGAAGACGACGACUUUCAGGAUUUUCAAGAUGCUUCUAAGUCAGGAUCCCUUGACGAUUCAUUCAGUGAUUUCCAAGAGUUGCCUGCUUCUUCAAAAACAAGUAAUUCCCAGCAUGGAAGCAGUGCCCCUUCCUUGUUGAUGCCCCUUCCUGGCACUAAAGCAUCAGCUUCAACGGAUAAGUAUGCUGUGUUUAAAGGAAUUGCAGCUGACAAAUGCUGUGAAAAUGUCAUUCCCUUUGGAGAGCCUGGUGAUAAAUACAGUGCUUUCAGAGAACUUGAACAGACAGCAGAGGGCAAAUCUUCAGGAGAAAACUUUGCAGAAUUCAGAUCUGCGAGCACUGAUGACGGUUUCACCGAUUUUAAAACUGCCGAUAGUCUAUCACCACUAGAGCCACCAACAAAAGACCAAACUUUCCCAGCAGCCUUCCCCUCAGGAGCUGUACAACAAAAACAACAAACACAAGUGAAAAAUCCUCUGAACUUAGCAGACCUAGACAUGUUCUCCUCAGUUAACUGCAGCAGCGACAAACCGUUGUCUUUCUCAGCUGCUUUUAGUGCACCCAAAUCUGCUUCCACACGACCACAGCCAACGGGAUCCGCUGUACCUACGGCAACACUGGCAUCAACUAAGAUGUCUAGUUUGGCUGAUGAUUUUGGAGAAUUCAACCUUUUUGGGGAAUAUUCUAGUCCGGCAUCUGUUGGGGAACAGGAUGACUUUGCAGAUUUUAUGGCUUUCACAAAUAGCUCUGUUUCAUCUGAGCAAAAGGCAGAUGACAAAUAUGAUGCCCUUAAAGAGGAAGCCAGUCCUGCUCCUCUAAGCGGCAGCUCCAGCAGCACAGUGAAGAGUGGACAGAACUCUGCUGCCGCAUCUACCAAAUACGAUGUCUUCAAACAACUUUCUCUGGAAGGAUCUGGACUGGGUAUUGAAGAACUGAAAGAUAACACCCCUUCAGGAAAAAGUGAUGAUGAUUUUGCUGACUUCCACUCCAGUAAAUUUUCUUCCAUGAACUCAGACAAAUCCCUGGGUGAGAAAUCAGUGGCUUUCAGACACACCAAAGAGGACUCUGCCUCAGUGAAGUCUUUGGAUCUCCCGUCCAUCGGUGGCAGCAGUGUUGGCAAGGAGGACUCUGAAGAUGCACUCUCUGUUCAGUUUGACAUGAAACUGGCGGAUGUGGGAGGAGAUCUUAAGCAUGUCAUGUCUGAUAGCUCUUUGGAUUUACCAACAGUUAGUGGCCAGCAUCCUCCUGCUGCAGAUAUAGAGGACUUAAAAUAUGCUGCUUUCGGAACCUACAGUAGCAAUUUUGCAGUGAGCACACUUACAAGCUAUGACUGGGCAGACAGGGAUGAUGCGUCUCAGGGCAGAAAACUCUCUCCAUUUGUCCUCUCAGCAGGAAGCGGGUCCUCCUCAGCUGCCUCGGUUCUUCAAAAGAAAGAGACUUCAUUCGGCAGCUCCGAAAACAUCACCGUGACCUCUCUCUCCAGGCUAACGACCUUCGCAGGUGAAGAUGCUCUUCCGGAGGCCGCCUUCCUGGCUUUUGCCGGCUUUAAAGAUGCGACUCCUCAGACCAGUGAGCAAAAGGAAUAUGAAAGUGGGGACUAUAAAGCCUUCACGAGGCAGGACUUGCCUCUGGCCGAGCGGAGCCCGGAGGCCACCUGUCCAAGCCCAGCCUCCAGCGGCACUUCUCACGACACCCCCAAAGAAUGUGCAGACGACUUUGGAGAGUUUCAAAGUGAAAAGCCCAAAAUCAGCAAAUUUGACUUUUUGGUGGCCAAUUCACAAAGCAAAAUGAAAUCCAGUGAAGAAAUGAUCAAAAGCGAGCUGGCGACCUUUGACCUCUCUGUUCAAGGGUCCCACAAAAGGAGUUUGAGCCUUGGUGAUAAAGAAAUAAGCCGUUCUUCUCCCUCCCCGGCUUUGGAGCAGCCUUUCAGGGACCGUUCCAACACUCUGAGCGAGAAGCCGGCUCUGCCUGUCAUCCGUGACAAGUACAAAGAUCUGACCGGCGAGGUGGAGGAGAAUGAGAGAUACGCAUAUGAAUGGCAGAGGUGCCUGGGGAGCGCCCUCGAUGUCAUUAAGAAGGCAAAUGAUACCUUAAAUGGAAUCAGUAGUAGUUCUGUUUGCACAGAAGUAAUUCAGUCAGCCCAAGGCAUGGAAUAUUUAUUAGGUGUUGUUGAGGUGUACAGAGUGACCAAGCGUGUGGAGCUGGGGAUAAAAGCCACUGCGGUGUGCAGUGAGAAACUCCAGCAGCUGCUGAAGGACAUCGAUAAAGUGUGGAAUAACCUCAUUGGCUUCAUGUCCCUGGCCACGCUCACGCCCGAUGAGAAUUCACUGGAUUUUUCCUCUUGUAUGCUACGUCCUGGGAUUAAAAAUGCUCAGGAACUUGCCUGUGGGGUGUGCCUUUUAAAUGUGGACUCCAGAAGCCGGAAAGAAGAGAAGCCUGCAGAAGAUUCUCAUCCUAAAAAAGCAUUCAACUCCGAAACGGACAGCUUCAAGCUGGCGUAUGGAGGCCAUCAGUAUCACGCCAGCUGUGCCAACUUCUGGAUCAACUGCGUUGAACCAAAACCUCCUGGCCUCAUCCUGCCUGAUUUGCUCUGAAAAGUACCUCUUUGAAGUACCUCCUGGGUCUGUUUUUCCAUCGUACCCUAGGAGGCGACAGGGCCCAAUGAACAGAAUGCAGGGCUGCAGCGCUCACCUCCACGAAGCUGUAGGGGUUCCCUGGCGACCAGGGGGAGAGGGGAGCCGUUCCCACAUCUACCCCCCAGGUCUCACCGCCACCUGAAGGGUGAGGUCAAGUUGCCCAAACUGCAUGUGGCACCAGAAGUUUGCUGACUUCUCUCUAGUUCUGCUAAGAUGUUUAAAAUAUGGGACCACAGUUUUCUUUAAGGAAUCAUUUGCUGCUGCAGUAUUAAAACUGUGAAGAAUUGACAUUUGAAGAAAAAUAAGUUGUAAUAGGAGUGGAAUUGGCAAGAACGUGUUGAGCCAGUGCUUGCUUCUAUCUAGAACCCUGCUGUCCUGUGAAGUAGAAUGCAUUUAUCCACAUGUAGCUUGUUGAUAUGUGAAAUGAAUAAAAAGGGGACAAUGUGAUUAAACUGACGUUCUUUUUAUUGGAAAACGUCUGCUCAUCUCCAGUGGACGAUGGAAGUGGGCGAGGGCGGGCUUACAGACUUUGUGGCCACGGCCGAGCCGGCUCUCCGUUUUUGUUCCUUUCUCAGACUCUCAGCAUUCAAGAAGACAUUUUCUCAAAACAUGCCUGGGCGCUUUGCAAUGGAUUGAACAUUCAUUUUGCCAGAGGCUCAAAUCUUGGUGUAUCAGGGUAAAUAAAUACCCUUCCCCUUUAGGAGGCUUCACUGAAAACUGUUUUACCUCAGAAACUGUGAACGUGGUAUCUUUUGCAGACAAGAUCUGGAAAGGCAGCUGAAUGAACCUCUUGGCAGUGGCCUUUGUCCAGGUUUCCAGAAAUGACUGCAUAGGAAGCAAUACUGCCUGACUUUGCAGUAUUAUGUGAGAGACCUGAAAAUUAAUUCAAGGUUAGAAGGUGGAGCUCCUGGCCUAAUGAGACGAGCAGAUGUAUAUUUAUGGUAGAGGUGCAUGACUUAGAAACAGUGGAAGAAAAGUAUUCCAAAUCAGCAAGGAAUUCUGGAAGGAAAAGACUCACGCUUACUAUCUGGUGUAGGGAAUUUGCCACUUAGACUGCAUAAAAUCAGAAACGGAAAAAAAAAGCGAGUGCUUAAGGACAGUGAAGCUGUGAAGGCCCGGGAGGAACAGGCCAGCCCGGGGCGCACACUGCUCUGGCCUGUCGACUCUGGGCUUUAUGAAGAGAUUUUGAUUCUGUGUUUCACGUUGCGUGUGACUUAGGCUCUCUGACCUCAAGUCAGGUUUUAUUUGUAAACUGAACACGCUUAUCUUGUCUGUAAGAUUGCUGCUCUGCAUAAUUGAGUAGGUUGUUUUCCCUUCUUGGGACAAACCUUGAGGUGAUUCUGUUCUGGUUCGUCUUCCGCCGUUAACCACCAUCUUCUCCAAGGAAAGUACAGAAUGUUUUCGUUAAGCAGCUGGCGAUGAGGCUUGCUGUACCUUGCCGCGCCCCAGAACGCACAGGGAAGCGCUGACGAGAUGAAUCUGCUGCUCGUUUUCUCCAGCCUCUCCCCCCUGGAUGAAGACACAGCCCGGCUGAAUCAUUACCUCGGGGCCUUUGUCCUCCACAGGGCUCCCGGACUUAGUGCCCGCGGCAGCGGCAGCAGCUGGUCCUCGGGCUUCCCCGGGGCCUCUGUCUCCACGGCAGCGUGAGCAGCGCCCAGUCUCCUCAUGGGUGCCAGGCUGAAGCGGGCCUCGGACCCACCUCAUGGGUCCCGUAGUAGGGCAAGACGAUGGAAUCUGCCUUUGCUUGCAGAAGAAUGGCUCCCAGUUUGACAGAGUUUACAGCGCUGAGACAGUUUCUGGGAAUGCCGUUUGAACUAUUAUUCGGUCACAACGGCUUGUGUCUAUGACAUGUUAAAAAGCGUGCUCAACUUCUAACUAGAAUGGUUCUAUUCCUAGAGCUGUUGCAGAGCGCAGGGGUAACCCUCGCCGGCCUCGUCAGGCACCAUAGGUUUGGUCACUCCGCGGGAGGCGCAAGAGAAUAGUACAGCAGACGCCAACAAAAAGCCUUUGCUAUGAAAAAUAGUCACGACUUUUGGCAUCUGUUUAGUAGUGGAAAUAUUCACUCACAUACCACCAGUAAGGAUUUCCAGAGUGUAGAAUAUUAUCCCUGCCUUUUCUUAUGUGUGCAAGUUGAUUCGGAUGACUCAACACUGCGUUCAUCUUCACCUCUUCCGAGCCAGAGUCCAGUGUCCUUGGAAACAGUAACCAAGGUUACUUACUUCCGUAUUGUGUGAGGUGCAGGCAGCUCCCGCCCGCUGCCGGAGUGGCAGUGAAUAAGCGCUUUUCUCCUUUGGCAUUGUAUUUAGCUUUUAGACAUUUUAUGGCUUAGUAUGUAAUGUAAUGUUUGUCUGGACAUGCUCGAGGUAGAAGAGGCACGGGGUAUGUUAUUAUCCAGGCUGUAUUUGUCCUGUGGCUACUAGUUGGCACUCUAGAUUGCAUAUUCUAAAUUAUUUGAAUAUUUUGUAUGCAUGUACUUAUUUGUUGUUGUCUAAAGAUGCCUUCCACUUGCCUUUUAUUUGAUGACUUGUGUGAUCUUAAGCUUUGGAAAGAUUAUAGGGCCUUCACACUAUAGAAACUUGAAAUGCUUGCCAUGCGCCAGGGAUCACUACAGAAACUCCCCUAAUGCCUUCUAGGUCACCCGCCUUCCUUUGUGACCAGCUAAUAAACUCUGACGUUUAGAUUAGGAAGGUGUUAGAGGCUUCUUAAGUGCUAAGAAUGCUUAGUUACAUCCCUGGAGUGGUGUUGGCCGGGAUUUCUGCAGGAACUUUUCCUACCAAGACAUCUGUCACCCAGUGGUCUCUGACUGUAAUACAGUGGUUAUUUUUGGACUCUCAUCCAAAGACCACAGGGCUUGCAGUUUGCCUUCACACCAGAGAAGCCACAGCCUCCAGGGCCACAGAUCGUUUUGUUGUGCUUUGGAUUGCUUUUGAGCAUGUGCUGAUGUAGCAUUUAUGGGCUCCUCCGGUUCCCAGAGAAACUAUUAACCUCAUUUUAAUUUUCCUAUUUAGACAGUAGUGCAUGUUUAUAAAAGUGAGUAGGAGGAAACAAGGUAGGAAACAAUUGCCAAGGAACAGGUAAAAUGUCGAAAAUAUAAUUUAUAUAAAUAUGUAACCACUGGCAUUAUAUUUAUGGCUUCUUGCCAAGAUAGACCAAAAAAAUCUAGAAAAUUAUUCCAGAGAUAAGCAAGCAACAACCUACCUGGCAAAUGAAGUAAAAUAAAGCAGCACUGUGACUGCAAGGGCAAUCUGAUGGUUCCUAAUAGUUUGUGAGGAGUGUGGAAUAGGGAGGAACUAAUUAAACUUUUACCAAGUCCCUGAUGAGUUAUGCUGUUAUAUUUAUUAGGAGCAGUGAACUGGGUGACAUGGUUUCAAGUUUCAACAAAGGAAGCAUUGUUACUUGCUGGUCACUUCUAUGGAGGUUUGGUUUAGGACAUUUUGUCAAGUAAAGGCAUAGCUUUUGUUAAAAAAAACAAUUUCUUUGAUGGAGGACUCACUGGUGCACUCCAGUUGCCAAGAGACAACCGAAAACCGAACCUUUCAUCAGAGUGGACCCUCUGUGCUAUUUUCCACAGCUUCAGCACUGGGACUGAUAGUAAUGUCUGCCCAUCUGCAAGGAUGUGAAGCGUCGACACAGUUCAGCUGAGAGGUCGAUUUUAAAUGGCACGGUUGUCACAGGAGCUGGAUUUUAAGGCGGUUACUGGAGAGCAUCUUCCUUCUAGCAUCAACACACACGCACACACCCUGGGGUUCUUAGUCAAACUUCUGUUAUGCAGAUAUAUUUAUUAAAAAUAAUGCUAAUAUAGUCCCGGGGCACAAUGAUUCCAAGAGGGUGUUUGCAGCAGAUUUCAUUAUAAUUACUUAACAACUAGAUUAACAAAGGUUUAUUAUUUUUUUUUAAACUUACAGUCACUAAAUAAUAGGAAAGGAAAGAGUAGGGCUAAUCCAAUAGAAACUGAAGCUGGUAUCCAUCUUCCCUAAGCAUCUGUGCGGUUGGCAGCCUUGGGCAAAGCUUGUCUCUAAAGGGUAAAUCAGGACCCAAAGUGAUUUUUGCACUGAGCUCCUCCGGCACCUGCCAUGACGCCUAAAGGCAUGGGAUUCGGAAUAUAGCAGAACCAAACAGUUUAUUAAACUGUUCAAAUUGUUAAAAAUGAUUAAAAGCCAGUUAAAGAUUUUCAUAAACACUAUUCCAAAAUGUUAGUUUUAAAAAUGUUACUAGCAAUGUGUGCAUUCCCCUAAUGUUCCUCCCCUCCCUAUCUUCUAAAAUAAACUUGAACACCCAGUGUCAAAAGCACUUCAGGGAGAA